AUGGCUCGUAAUCUGACAUGGCGGAGAGAGAAGAAAGCACUUCUCCUUGAAAAGGAUGUGCCAAAGUCAGGUGGAUUAGACUGGCCAGAGCAGGUCAAGUCACCCGACUCGAGACGAACCAGUUUUGGCCUCUCGUUAGAUAUCAACAGACUACAGAAAGACUACAUCGACAUCAUUCCGCCAAAAUGGAGUGCGAUAUCGAUCUCACUCAGCGAGAACAAGCACGAUCUAUGCAUCACAAAGAUGCAAGCCGAUCAAAGUCCUUUCAUUAUCAGGCUUCCUCUAGAGCGCGCAAACUCCCGUGAUGCCGAUAAUGAGAUCUUCAACUUCCAGCAAGGUCGGACUGAAAUACUCGAGGUCAUCCGCCUCGCCAAUGAAACCUGUCAUGACGCGCGAGACUUGUCAAUAAAGGGUGCAAAGUCUGCCUGGUGGGCAGAUAGAGCAGCUUUGGAUGACCGAAUGAAAGAUCUGCUGGAGAACAUUGAGAAUAUUUGGCUUGGCGGUUUCAAGGGCAUCUUCUCACAACACCAGCGACGCUCUGCCUUACUAGCAAGAUUCCAAAAGAGCUUUCAGAACGUGCUAGACAAGCACCUACCUUCUCGACGACAAGUUCGAGGUAAAAGGGGUAAAUCGGUAGCUCCGAAAGUCACACUGGACCCAAGAAUCCUCGAAUUGUUCAUCGGGUUAGGCGAUGCAACCGACCCGGAGUGCGACUUUGAUGACGCGUUAAACGAUCUGCUGUACUUCGUUGUCGACAUCCUGCAGUUUCACGGGGAGCGAAAUGCUUAUGACGAAAUCGACUUCGACUCCAUGGUCGUCGAGACUUUCGACGCUUUGCAUUCCUAUCACUCAGCCGUCAAGAGCGAGCCAGAGAUGGAACAAGGAGCCCAUACGAUUCUCAUCCUAGACAAAGCACUCCAUGUAUUCCCGUGGGAGUCGCUGCCAUGUAUGCAAGGCCAAGCAGUGUCACGCGUACCCUCGCUUGCAUGCCUCCGUAGGUUGAUUCUCGAGCAACGAUCCACAACAGAAGACCUUGAUGCCGGUGCUGAGUCGGCCAAGCCGAGCGGCCACAAGGUCUCUGUCAAGUCAGGCAGCUACAUCCUGAACCCGGGAGCUGACCUCAAAACGACACAAGCGACGUUCGAGAAGCCACUGUUGUCUCUCGGCUCCUCCUGGAAACGAAUCGUGUCAAACAAGCCCACAGAAGCAGAGUUCGAGACUGCACUCACAGACUCGGAUGUCCUACUGUACUUUGGCCACGGCAGCGGCGCACAGUACAUCAGGGGCCGCGCAAUCCGCAAGAUGGAAAAGUGCCGCGCGACCGUCCUGCUCAUGGGUUGCAGCUCGGCGAGACUGGCCGACGUAGGCGACUUCGAGUGCCACGGCCCCGUGUGGAACUACAUGCUGGCCGGGUGCCCAGCCGUCGUGGGCACGCUGUGGGACGUCACUGACAGGGACAUCGAUCGCUUCGCCGGGCGGGUGUUUGAGGAGUGGGGUCUGCUGAAGAAGGGCACCUUCGCCGACAUGGACAAGGGCAAGGACAAGAGCAAGUGGAAGAGCAGGGCUGCCGAUGCCGACGGCGCUAUGCACGCUAAGCGGAAGAGAGCCGCGACGCCCGACGGGCCUGAUGCUGAGGAUGGCAGGGCGUCUCUGGUUGAGGCGGUAGCCAGGGCGAGAGAUGCAUGUCGGUUUAGGUACUUGACCGCCGCGGCGGUCUGUGUUUACGGCAUUCCGGUCUAUGUGGACAAAUGA